AUGUGGAUCCAGUCUUUGAUCAGUGGGUACCUCCAGGAUUCCCUUGAACAGGAUUGCACCAACUCUUUGCCAGGGAUGUUCUACCCCGGCGAGAGUCCUGAGGAGCAUGCCCUUGUGAGUGCUCCCCAGGGCGUAAUGGAUCCCGUGACCAUGUGGAUGUGCGAUGCUGUUAUCGACCCUGUUGGCAAGGGUUGCACCCAACUCUUCAACCCGCAGGCGUCUUGUGCGAGUGUCGACGACGAUACCUGCAGGGAUCUUGCGAUCCGCAACCCGAAGAUCUACCCCGAAGACCCAAUGUCCCAGCAGGCCACCAUUACCCAAGCAAUAUUGAACGUCCCAUCGUUCAAAGAGGAUAUGCUCUACGAUGCUUGCGCCUUCGAGGUCGCAUUGUUGACCAUCGACUCGGGGCCACUUAAGGGUGAAAAACUCUCAGGCAGGUGCGAUCACCAAGUGGCUCUCAUAGUUUGCGACCACGACGCAGACAACUACACAAUGUGGACAUGGGUGAUGAGGAAGUAUUUGACGAGGGCAGGCAUCUUCGAGCCUCGUUAUUCAUUGCAGGAUGCCGCCCAGAAGCUAAGGCUGUCCGAGGAAGACCUGCCGAACUACACGAGCAACGCCAGCGUGCUCGGCGGCAUGUUUUGCACGGCAAUCCUCUCGGACGAUAUCACGUUCGCGACGCUGUGA